UGUAGAUAAUAGUGCUGAUGCUGCUGCCAGUGACCAUUGCAGCACCGUUCGUCGUAAUCGUUAUGGUUAUGAUGCUCGUUGUUGUUGUCGUUGCUUUCUCAUAGUGGGAGGAGUUGCCGUCGUUCUGUUGUAGUAGUUAGAGGAGGAAAGAGGAAAAAGACUAAAGAAAAGGAGGUGGUAAAUUGGGAAAAAGAAAAAAAAAUGUUAGUAGUAGUAGACAGCGAGGAGGAGUAAGGAGCGGUGGAGAAAGUGUGAGCUAGACUGCAAGUCGGUGAACACGGAAGCAACAAGCACCUGCUCGGGCCGCUGCCAUGUUGGCGUGCAUUGUGGGAACGUGUGGCAACCAAACUGGGUCAGUCGCUAGCGAUGGAGGAAAAUCGGUCACAGAAGACAUUGGUAGACAGUACAGCUGAUUAUAAAUAAAGUAUAAACGUAGCCACAGUACUGAAAGCAUUUUACUUGAAUUGAAAGUCUGAAUCAUCAAGAGAGGAAUGAGCCAAGGGAAAAUAUGUUAGAAGACCGCAAGCCCUUUGAGAGUCUAAUUCGACACAGUAGCUGUGAGCAGCGAGAAUUAAUAGAUGACCGAAAAAUGUUAGAAAGUCCUACACUGCAUCACAUUUCAGAAGAUAAAGACCCAAAAGAAGAACAUAAAACUUAUGAAAACUUUGUUCCUUGCACUAAUAUUGAUGGAAAUAUAUCUUUGGUGAGAAAUUUUGCAGACAGUCCGGUAAUAAGAGAUAGCUGUGAUAGACGGGAAACUGUCUUGGAGAAUCACAGACAGUUCAACGUAUCAGACAAUUCCAAGCAAUCUUAUCUGAAAUGUUUGGUGUGUGGAGAUAAAUCAUCUGGAAUCCAUUAUGGCGUGUUGGCAUGUGAAGGUUGCAAGGGAUUUUUUAGACGUGCUUUGCAAGAUAUUGGUGACCCAACUCGGAAGAAGUGUUUUUAUAAUAAGAACUGUGAAAUAACAGUGCAAACAAGGAACCGUUGUCAGUACUGCCGUCUGCAGAAAUGUUUGGCAUUGGGCAUGUCGAGAACAGCUGCCAAACUUGGCCGGCGUUCUCGAAAGAUGCGAGAGAUGAUAAAGACAAUUGAAGAUACUCAGACUCAACAAGCAUUACAUGGUUUAUUAAGCUUACAGUCAGAGAUGACUCCUGAGAUGCUACCAGCAUUUGUCCAAGCUCCCAGCCCCAGCAACUCAGAUCUGUCACCUCUAGUUUCUUCAACAGCUGCUGUCACAUCAUCCAUACCUAUUGACUCAGAGGCAAACUCUGUCAACAGAUCUUCUGUCACUGCGCUUUCCCUUCUUCUGAAGAACAGAGCUGUCAGCACUUGUGUCCCUAAGAUGGCAGUUGAAGAGCAUAAACUACUUGCUAAUGGAGAUAAUUCUCAUAUCACUAACAUAUCAGAUGCUGAGUCUGAUGAGGGCUCAAAGUUACCUGAGCCUGUUGAUGACAGUCCUUAUCCCAAAUCCAUUGCCGUUGAACGCAGUCCUAUAUCUGUUCCUUCAACAGCGCACAAACCUGCUGUACAGUCGAUUGUUAGUUCUAUCUUAAGUAUUCCUUCUAGUGUCUCAUUUGGUGUUCAACAAUCCUCGUUUGUAUUGAAACCCAGCACCGAUAUUCGGCCAACUUCCCAUGCAAUCACUACAGUAUCUCCUUCAACACAACGCUUUCAUAACUCCUAUAUAAAUCGAACGUCGUCAGUGCAGCUUAUGAACCCGGUGAGCACCAACUCAGUUGUUGUCAACAAGCACACUGACCGCGCUCUGUCCACAACUGUCAGUACUAUAACUACUACUACACAGCCAUCUGUAAUCGUAGCCAACACUUCAUUAGAUCUGCGUAAGACUUUCAAGCAUGACAAACCGGUGAAUCGAAGUCCAAUUAAAAAGCGACCCUACAUGAUUUCUGAACAAGAGGAGAGCUGUAAUAGUAUUCAGCCAAGUAAACACAUCAAGCAAGAGGUGAAGGACAGUGACAGCUGUUUCAAUAAUCUGUCACCUAAGGAGACUGUGUCUCCAGAACCGGUGAAUCUAUCCUGUAAUAUGACAUCUACUCCCUGGCAUCGAAUGGAACAGCAGAUACCUGACACGACAUCCCCUAGUUUAACUGUAGUCAAACAAGAACGGCUCAGUUAUCGGUCAUCUGCUGACCAUGUGAUGACUUUGCCAUCUGCAGCUCAUGAUAAUGCUGCUGGUGCAAGCAUUAGUGGACACCAUUUGAAUAAUUUGCGUAGAAGUGAGGAUGAAACCAUUCCAAACAUGACAAUGAUAAUAGAAGAAGCUUUCAGCAACAGCUUCGGUUGCCAAGAAAGUCGAAUGACAGCCAUUCAAAUGCGUUAUCAGGAGCUGAAGCCAAGCAAAUUAUUGGACAGUAUGAUAGGAAAACGUCUUAAUGAGGAUAUACAGAAUGGUCCCUCAUUGUCUUCUAGAACUGAAAAGUUAGGCGAUCUUUGCUGGCAAAGUUUUCAACACCGUAUUAACAAAACCAUACAAGAUGUAAUAGUAUUUGCUAAAAAAAUCCCUGGCUUUACAUCAUUAGAACAAGACAGUCAGAUUAAAUUAAUAAAAGGGGGUUGUUUUGAGAUUGCUUGUGUAGUUCAUUCCAAUUUGGUUGAUGGGGACAGCAAUACCAUUAUAGCCUCAGACUCUGGGUUGCUAAUGAGCCGAGAUGACAUGAAAGCUGGAUUUCCUCUUGGAGAACAUUUUGUUGACUUUCUCUUUAACUUCUGUACCCGCUUCAAUGCCUUUAAUUUGCGUGACAUAGAAACAGCAUUGUUCAGUUCUCUGGUGCUAAUAUCUCCAGAUCGUCAUGGUCUUGAACGUAGUGAUAAAAUUAACCGGCUUCAAGAACUUUUAAUCCAGGCUUUGCAGCAUGAAAUUAAUGCUGCUCAUCCUGAUGAAGUGGGACUUUUUCCACGAUUGCUAAUGAGUAUCUCCAGUCUGAGGGAGCUUGGUGUUGAACACCGUAAAAUGUUGGAAUCGCUGAAAGGACAAAUACACUUCCAGCAUGACCUCUAUGCUGAAACAUUUGAUCUGAUAACUUAACUCCAUUCUUUCAUCUCUUAGAAUUGAUCACCUGGCUCUGUAUUUGAUACUUUCUAUCGUUCAGCCUCCCUCCCCCCCCACUGUUCCCCUGCCCCCCUCUACCUUCGGCCUCUGAUUGAGAUUGUUUCCGUAGUGAC